AUGGCUUCCUUGGAUGACGCAGAUGUUCUUUUCCAAGAUAUUUAUGGUGAGGAUAGUGAUGAUGAAACUAAAGCAAUCAGACAAGAACUACCGAAAGAGGUAGCAUCCACUACUCAAGCUACAAGUACGGCUACCUCCACUGUUAAAGCUGAUGAUUCCGCACACACUAUUAUCCAACAACCGAACGAGACCAGCAUUGAAGUGCCUUCCAGCUCAAAUACUGGAGGACUUGGGGAAUCUCCAAAGGAAAUCUCUGGCAGUGGGUUGACCAGUGUUGCUAUUGGUAGGCAAUUACAAGAGAAAUCAGAAUUUUUCAACAGAGAUCAAGGCAAAAUGUUUGUUGGGGGAUUAAAUUGGGAAACUUCCGAAGAUAAGUUGAAGGAGUAUUUCAGUAAAUUUGGUGAAAUUAUUGAUUUGACCAUCAUGAGAGAUAAUGUCACCGGCCGUUCCAGAGGGUUUGGUUUUUUGACUUUCAAAAGCUCCUCAUCCGUUGAUGAAGUUGUAAAAACCCAACAUAUUUUAGAUGGUAAGGUGAUCGAUCCUAAGAGAGCCAUUCCAAGAGAAGAGCAAGAUAAAACUGGUAAGAUUUUUGUCGGUGGGAUUGCUCCAGAAGUCACCGAAAAGGAUUUUGAUGAAUUCUUUUCAAAGUUUGGUAACGUCAUCGAUGCCCAAUUGAUGAUCGAUAAGGAUACUAGAAGAUCAAGAGGAUUUGGGUUUGUCACCUACGACUCUCCUGAAGCAGUCGACAAUGUUUGUCAAAACCAAUAUUUGGAAUUGAAAGGGAGAAGAAUGGAGAUUAAAAGAGCCGAACCAAGAGGCCAACAACAGCAAAGACUUGGGGGUGUCAGAGGUUAUAAUGCCAACACUGCCAUAAAAUUGCAAAAUCCACCUGGCGGUUAUCAGCAAUACUCAAAUGCAUACCCUGGUGAGACUACUCAAGCCAUGAAUGGUGCUGGCUACACUCCAGAAAUAAUGCAACAGUAUUGGCAAUACUGGUUGCAAUUCCAGCAAAUGCAACGCGCUAAUGGACAAUCAGGCAACCAAAACAUGAAUCCUGAACAAUCUCAACAAAUGUUAGCAAUGAUAAGUCAACAAAUGGAAGGACAGGGCCCUAAUGGUCCUGCGACUCAAACCCAAGAAAAAGCCUCAAACCAAGGUGUAGGCCAGGCUCCAAAUGCAGAAAACGACAAUAAUCCGGAUGCUGCUCGUGAACGUCCUUUUAGAUUACAUUCUGCCAAUGAAGAUGGCAGAAUUAACUUUCCAAAAGGACCAAGGGAAAGAAACAACUUUCCAAGUAGAGGGGGUCCAACUGGCAGAGGGGGACCUAUUGGCAGAGGAGGCCCAGUAGGAAGAGGAGGACCAAUAGGCAGAGGUGGUAGAGGAGGACCUGUGAACAGAGGUGGUAGAGGAGGACCAAUGGGCAGAGGCGGCGGAAGCUCUUUUGGUAGAGGCGGCUCUACAGGGCCAACUGGUGCCAAUAGAGGCGCUAUUGGUACCAGAGGUAGUAGAGGAGGCCCUGGUGGAGCUACUGCCCCAGGCAGAGGUCCUCCAUUCAGAGGAGGUAGGGAUAGUGGUGCUAGAGGGGACUCCCACAAGUAUGGUGGCUCUUAUCAACCUUACUAG